AUGAAAAGGGGAAAUAUAAAAGUAGCAGCAAGUUUAAGCGAGCACAGCCAAAACAUACGCCGAAAGAUAAAUACCCUAGUUUCUUCCACAAAAGAAAACAAUAAUAUUAGCUCUGAGUGCACUUAUUAUACAAAAACUUCUUGAUUUCAUAAGCAUCAAAUAAAAGAUCUUUCUAAAUCGCAUCAAGAAAAAACAAAAAUUCAUCAGCAGGAGUCUUCUUUUCAGCUGUUUGAUUACAAAGGGAAAGAAUUUAAGUUUCGUCCAAGACAUAAGGAAAUUGUAGUGGGCUCUGUGAAACCUUUCUAUUGCUCAAAAGGUAGCUCGUUAAUGAUUGGAUUUGAUGAUGAAACAGUUAAAAACUCUGAAAUCAAACCACACGGGAUUCAAGUUACUAGAAGGCAUAGUUGCCAUUGUAGAACUUUAUCUGAGGAUAGCUGCAAACCUCUUUUAAAUAAAACUGUCAAGAUUCCUCUAUUAUAAUAAAAUGGUUGCGUAUGAGAAAUUUCUUCUCUCCCAUAUUAUGAUUAUUAUGCUCAGUUUUCUCAGAGAAUCCUUAUCUAAAACAGAUAAGGAUGCACAGCCUUCUGGCUAAUUCAAGGAUCGUGGAGAUUUAGGUUUAAUCCACUCUUUACAUCCGAGAAUGAUGAUCUUCAGGCAGAACACACUCUGGAGCUGAGUCUCAUGCGACGGCAAACAACUGGAUAAGAAGUGCAGUUGGGCUGGUAGCGGAGCAUUGACGAACUUGCUCGUUCGCUAUUGAGAUGAGAUGUCGUAGGAGGCAAGAUGGCCAGUGGCAUCACCAGUUCCACUAUAACCCUUUCGCAAGAAACAGUGCAACACCGGACACCUUAAGCACUAGAUAUAAGUAGGUAAUAAAGAUCCCUUCAAAAAAAGUUCCACUUAAAAUUCCAACAAUAAACAUAAAUAAUCGCUUAAAGCUCAAUUCUACGAACAAUUUUGCUUUUGCGAAUAACAGUCAGAGAUUCUUAACUAGGUUUUUAGCAAUUUCUGAUCUUAACGCUGAAAUUUCAGAAGAGAAUCAGCAAAAUAAAGAACUUUCAGCUGAUUUAAGAGAAAGCAGUCAAGAGCCGAUUGUAGUGGGAUCUAAAAAUCUUGUAUAUGAAAUAAUGAGAAUAGAAAACAAUUCUACAUCUUUAACACCAAGCGAUCAGCAAGUUGAGUAUAAAGAGCAAAGCAUCCAAACUACUUUUCCUUAUGAAUGAGAAUGUUUACCAACUUUUGAUGUAAAAUUAACAUUAAAUUUUAAGAAGGAUAAUAAAUAA